AAACAUUUUGAGACCAACGUUCACCGCCUUAAUUGCCUAAAGCCUUGCUUUGAGUCCCGCAACUUGAGUCUGAGAGACCAGAGAAGUGGUGAGGAAGAUGAUGAAGCCAAUCUUCACUCUCAUAGUAUCCCAACUCUUUCUUUUGCUCAUCGUCCUUCAUCAUCUCAAUUUUCAUCAAAUGAUUCAAUAUGGCCAUUAAAGCUUCACCUGCAGUUGAUUUAAGUGUGAGUUAAAGUAGAAAAAGUUUUCGUCGGGCGUUAUGUAGAUAUACCUAGUUGCUACAUGUUGGUGCCGUCUUUAUUAUUACAUGAAACAUAACAUUCAGCGUGGUGAAGGCAUUGCGGGGAGCAGGAGUGAGAAAGUUUGCGACUUUGCGUUAGUGAGUUUGGGGCUCUUGGAUUGCGCACCAGGCGUGAUUGCAACCAAUGGAUCAAAUGGGUGUGUGGAAGAGGCGAACAGAGCAACCUCCAUUUUCAAUGAAAGGCUGAGAGUGAAGAUCGGCUUCAUCAUCUUCCUCGCCACUUCUCUUGUCUCUCAGACUUCAAGCUAUGGGACUCAUAUCAUAUACCGAACCCAAACUAAGGCUGUUGCAGGCGGAACUCCGAGCCACCAGCUGAAGGAGCUGAAUUUCUCGAGGAGCUGUGGAUGGUUUCAUCCUCAAGAGGUUAAACAUGUAAGGAAAGAGCGACUCCAUGUGAAAGUGUCAUCUUAUGCUUCAACGUUUUCAAGAGCAAGGAAGGAGGGCUAG